GAACGUCCUCCAGGCACCUUGCGCGACACUCGCUGUCCGAAUCCUCUCCCUUGUGGACACUACUGAAAUCGGAGCAAAAAAAUAAAAACAAACUGACAAUGACGAGAGUAGUCAUAGGCAACUUCUAAGUUGCUCAUCGGCUGUCGGUAAGGUCCGGGUCAAAAUAGUUUUAAGUUGUAAAGUUGAUAUAAGUUCUUUAACGGGGCGAUAAUGAGUUCGAAAUGUUGAGGAGAGUUUGACUUUCCUCAACUGGAUGAUGACUGUUUGUCCUGCAAGCAAACAAAACUCAAUUCAAAAUGCUUCAGUUGACUGAAAACGAUAAAAUUAUUGUGCUGUCAGUCUGUAUUGGCUUGCUGAUUCUAACAAUCGUGGUAACAGUCUGUGUUGUAAUCCCUUCUUGCUGGAUUCAUACUUGUCUCUACAAGAUAGCAAAGAAGAGAAAAUUAAAAUAUGGCAACAUUGAAGGCCUGGAAGAAGGAACUUACAUCAAGCUGACAGGGACCCCUCAGUACACCGUGGAAUGUGGACCUCCGAUACAAAACAAUUCCAAAAAUAACUCUUUCAAUGGAAAAGGUAAAACGGCCCGAAAGCGGGAAGAUUCUACAUAUAGUAGUAUGUCCUCAAGUAGCCAAGGAAAUGCUUCAGUUUCAAAUUACAGUGAAGCUUCAGUCGAUGCUCCGAUCACUGACAUUGAACAAGAUGCAAAUUAUGGUCAAGUGACGUUCACAGCCUGGUGUCGCAUGCCUGAAGGAGGAAAUUUAGGAGAGCUGAUAGUUGUUUUGAAGGAAGCUCAAGAUUUACUUCCAAGGUCAUACGGUGGAACUUGCGACCCGUAUUUGACCUUGCAGCUUCUCCGGGAUAAAGGUAGGAAGAGAUGGUCGAAAUCCAGCUCCUCCACACUUUAUGAAUUUCGAACCAGUUCCAAGAAAAAAACUCAGCAUCCCAUUUUCAAGGAAACUUUUAUCAUGGAAGUCACCAAGGCUGAUUUAAGAGAAGAUUCCCUGAAGAUAGCAGCAUUCGAUGAUGAAAAGUAUGCCAAUGACUCUGAACUGGGAGAGAUUUCGAUACCACUACGGGAGUUGUCCUUGAGCCGAAAUGCAGAAGAAAAUGUCACAACGCUGGAUUUCUUGGAACCGAGAAAGGAACAUGGUGAAAUACUUUUUGGCCUGAGUUACUUGCCAACAGCAGAAAGGCUAACAUUUACUCUGACUAAAGCACACAAUCUCCGAGUGACUGCUGAUAGCACAGAAGCAUUCUAUCCAUUCAUUCGUGUUCUGUUGAUGCACAAUGGAAAACUUCUGAAAAAGAAAAAAACUUCUUCAAGACAUGGCACAUGUAAUCCAGUUUUCAACGAGACACUAACGUUUGAUGUUCCACCCAAUCAACUUGACCAUGUGAUUUUCUUGGUUGUUGCAAGUCACCGAGACCCUCAGGAUGAAUCUCUUUCAUCGCCAGAUAGUCCUACAUCACCACCAAACAGUUCUGGAGCAAGGAAAAGUCGACACAUUGGAAAGGUAGUCAUUGGUUCCUCUGUAAAAGGUUUGGCAUUGAAUCAUUGGAGAGCAAUGAAGCAAUCGCCCAGAAAACAAGUCACUCAGUGGCACACUCUGAGGUGAAGAUCAUGCAUUGAAUAUUGAUUGAAUGGAUGAAUAAGCCUCAAAAAUAAUUUCUGAAAGUUUUCAAAAUUAAAAACAUUUAAUGAGAUGAGGCAAAAAAAAAUUAUGUAUUUAUCCUAACUUAUAUUCUAUGAAAAGGCAAGUUGAUGUGUUAACAUCAAGCACAAAUGAACUAAACCUUAAGGUUUUAAAGAAUGCAAUUUUAUAUUUCUACUCUGUGCAUUCUGUUACUGCUUAAUACUUUUCUAAAAAUGAAAUGUAAAGUGAUAAUGUAAAAAAUAUUCAAAAGAUUACAUACUUAAUCAGCAUACUCUAUUUAAGAUUUAGUUAUCUACAAGUUUAGAACAAAGAUUGGUGAAAAAAAACCUUAUUCACUUUCAAAUUAAGUUUUGAUACAUGUGAUCAAGUUUUAUUUUUCUAUAAUUAUUGACAUAUUUUAAUAAAUGGAGAUUUUUGCAUAUUUUUUAUUGUUGUAUUGAAGAAUCUAAUCACAAGAGGCAAAUCUGUAUUAGUAAUUUAAAACUAGAAUUUUUUUUUCCCCUUUAAUCGUCAAAUUGGAUUAGAUUUUUCUCUCACCUUAGAGUCUUUAAUCUCUAUGUACAAUUCCAGUUUUUCUCUUUCAGUAACUUUGAUGUUAAUUGUCUGUGUAUGUGCAGUACACUUUAACAUCAUAUGUCAACUUUUGUUUUUAGUGCAGGCAGCAUGAAUCAAACAAGAAGAAUAUGUCUUUAAAAGUUAAAGAAAAAUGUAUUCUGAAAAUGUUGUUAACUACAUGAAGUAAAUUUUACAAUAUGUACCAGUAUAGCUUUUUAAGAAAAUUCAAUAUUUACAGUUACAACUUAAUGACAUCUACGGAAAAUUUAAUUUACUUAUUAUAGUUGUCUUAAUGAUUGCAUUUUAAGAUAUUUUACAAAUAAUUUCAUUAAUAAUUAGUGUACUGAAAUACAUAACGGUAAAUCACUGCUUUGUGCACCUAACAUUAAUUUGAUUUGAGGUUAGAUUUUAUCAUGCCAACAUUCAUAAAUUUUUGAUAACUGUUUUUCUCCAAAAACCCGGAUUACAAAGAUGUCUAAUUCUUUGAAGUCGGGCAAUACAACACUUGGCAGUGACACUGAUUACUAUAAACAAAAUUUUUGUUCGUUCAAAUUUUAUAAUAUGAUUGAAUUCAUAAUAGUUUAUGCUGUCUGCAAUGUUCCUCUAUCUAGUCAGAUGUUAUUGGGUGACUUGUAUUUUAUUGUAUGUUAUUGUUUGUCUAUGUGUGAUACCUGUGUACUUCUAUUUCCAAUGCAGCCAAAAAUAGCGAAAUGUGAUUUCUGUAUAUAGUUAAUAUCUUUACAUAUGGAGGUAAUGAAUAAUAGCAUGUACUAUACAUUAAAAGUAAUAUACUAAUGUAAACAUUUCUUUAUUGUUGACAUGAAACAACAAAAUGCAAAAUGUACAAGUUAUACUGAAAGAAUUAUGAAAGUUGGUCUGUGAAAAUUUUAUUGUGAAAAGUUAAAUAAACUUAUAAGAGUUAUGUUACAG